CGCGACUGCACGGACGGAGAAAGCGACAGCAAGACCCACAACAGGAAAAAAGUGGUACAGACAAAGAGCUGAGCAGCCCUCAGGAAAAGAGGAGUCAGCAGACACAGAUUUGAGACUGGUUUAUAAAACUCCAGCUUGAUACCGCCGGUGGGAAACGGGCGGAUGCUUUUGUAGUAUCCUUCUCUACUUGCCGUUAAACUCUUGUAACAUCUGUUCCAGUGGAGGUGAAGCUUUGGUCAGCAGUCCAGGGAUGGAAAGAACUGCAAAGCUACAGGCUUGACACAUACAAACACACAGGAUGGAGGAAGUGGAAACAAACAAGAGAGUAAUGGCAGUUUGAUUGAUGACAACGCUGUGGCAUUGCUGGCGGCGUAAUCUCUCAUUCGGGAGCAUCUGGAAUAUGUUCCUUUGCCAUUUUUAGUGACAAAUCCAUCCUUAAGAGAGAGCAGGUGUUGCUCAUUUACCUUGCAGCCCCUCACUUCUCCCAAGAUCAUAAACAGCAACAUACAAGCUCCUCUCUUCCAAGAGGCUGAGGGGUUGCCAUGGCAACGGUUGUUGUGCUACCAAUGUAGCCUCCUGAAAGUAGUAGGUGUGGAGGUAGUGGCGGAGCUGGAGGAGGAGGACGUUGUGGCAAACGUCCAGGGAUGGGAAGUACUCCGUACCCUGCCGGUGAGUGGAAGGAGAAGGGGCGAGGCAGCCUCCAGGAACUGGGCUGUAUGCCCUGGAAGGUCAGCAAGCAGAAAGGAGGAGGUGGGGAAGUGCUGGUGGGAGCAGAGGAGAAGAGAUGCAGGGAUCUCAGGGACAUUCAGCAGCAGCAGCAGGAUCUCUCAUCCUCCUCUUCCUCACUCACUCCACCAGCUCCUUCCCAACCAUCUCCUACACCACCAGCCAUUUAUCACGAGAAGCAGCGAAGGGAGCUCUGCGCACUGCAUGCUCUUAAUAAUGUCUUCCAGGAUGGCACUGCCUUCAGUCGGGACACCCUGCAGGAGAUAUACCAAAGGCUGUCUCCCAGCACUAUGGUGACACCUCACAAAAAGAGCAUGCUGGGAAAUGGGAACUAUGAUGUAAAUGUCAUCAUGGCUGCCCUGCAAACACGAGGAUUUGAGGCAGUUUGGUGGGAUAAAAGAAGGGAUGUAGGCAGCAUCGAGCUGUCAAACGUGGAGGGCUUCAUUCUGAACGUACCGUCUAAUCUGCGAUGGGGCCCCCUCAGGUUGCCACUCAAACGGCAGCACUGGAUUGGAGUCCGAGAGGUGGGAGGUGUCUACUACAACCUGGAUUCCAAACUACGCAGCCCCCAACCUAUCGGCAAUCCGGAUGAGCUCAGGAAGUUUCUCCGCCAACAGCUGCGAGGGAAGAACUGUGAACUCCUGCUGGUCGUGUCAGAAGAAGUGGAGGCUCACCAGACAUGGAGGUCCGACUGCUAAGGGUUGGAACAGCCAAUCACAGCUCCAACUAGGCCGACGGGCAUCUCACUGAAUGAACGGAAGAGAAAUCAGCAUUGUGCACAGCCAUUGGCACUGAUGCACACUAGCAGAUAUAUGCCCCCCACCCCCACUCCCCACUCCGCCCUCGCCCCGUUUCUUGGGUUUUGUUUACACGGCCAUUGCUUGACACUUUUCUGAUAUAAGAUACCAAGCAAUGAAGAAAGCAAACACUUAACAGGGAGAAUUAAAGAAUCACAGUCCUUUCUCAAAACACAGUUGGGACAUCAAAUGUUAUGCUGUUUCUGCAAUUCUUGUGUUUUUAUACAUGUUGAUGCAUAUUUUUUCAGUGUUUUUUUUUUUUUUUUUUGUCAAUUUUUUCCCCUCUUUAUUUUUCAAGUUUCCAAAGUUGUGAGAGUUUAAGCUGUACCAAGAAUUUAGUUUAUCUGUGUGGCUCCAAGAGCGAGCCUUCCUGCUUCAAGUCAUGACUUUCCAAGUGUUUGUUUCUCUUUUCAUGUUGUGAAUCUCUCACCCUCUCUGUUUGUAUCGUCACGUCCUUCACUUUCACCAAAGCGUGUCCUUCCUUCGUGUCGGUGUCACUAAUCCCACUCCCUGUCUCCUCUUGAUAUCAUUGGUCAAAAAGAGUGCUUUAUCACAUUGCCAACUUUUUUUAUUUCAGCACUCCCCAAACACUCUCUGGCACAGACUGAGCCUUCACUGUAGAAUCUUUGCCAACACAGCAGUUUUAUAUGACAACAAAGCAAUGCAACACUCAGGCCGAGUGCGCCAUCUAGUGGAUGUUUGCCUCAGCUUGCUUCUACGGAAGGAGGAACCUCAUUCUUGCAUUCAGUCUUUUAUAUUUUUCUCACUUAAAUGGCUCCUGUAAUGCAAUGUAUGUUCAUUGUUGAUAAAAUAUGGCACUACUCAGAAAGUUUGCCCUUUUAGUGUAAAAUCUGACGAUAUUAUAAUCAGUUAAGGGUGACAUUAAAAGUACAGCAAAAUCUGUCCAUAAAUAGAAUAUUAGAAAACUUGCAUUAAAGCAAUUUUCUGCUCUUAGUUUUGUGUUCAGGUCUCAGUACGUCUUGACUGACCUAUUGCAAGUGUUUCCAGAAGAACAUCCACACACCUUCAGAUUGUGGAAAACCUCGCUUGAGGCAGUUGCAGCAUUGUCUCUUGUCUUAUCAAAGUAGAAACUAAAAGCGGGUCGGACAGUUGAAACAUAGUCACAAAAGUAAAGUUAAAUCUAGUUUACUGUUAUGCUGCUGCUAUUAUCUUGGACUGUGUAUGUUCUUUUAACUAGAAAGCAGGCAACUUUUGGCCAAGUUAAAUAUAUUUGGGAUGUCUGCAUACCCCAGCUUUAAACAAGUUUUGGGUUUAGAAAGAGUAUUUGUCUUUCUUUCUUGUUCUGGAGCUUUUAACAUGAUCGUCCCAUUGUCAGUAGUAGGUGAAGUUUAGUCAGGAGCAUGGAAAUGUGGAUGUGUGGAGAAGGGAUAAGAAGGAUGCCAGCCCUUUUGUUAGGAAAUUGAUGAAAGCCCUUCAUAAUCUGCCAUUUCUCUAUAUGUGUUUUACAGCAUUCUGGUUGAGCUAAAACUAUCAUUUAAGUAUUUUUCUGAACAAAAAUGUUUUUUUUUUGUUGUUGUUUUUUUUCUUCGGGAUGAAAUAUCAUAUUUUCAGCUAAAACAAUAAGUAUGAAUUUAGAAAACGAACAUUGAUGCUCAUUAAUUGGAUUUUUUUUUUUUAAUAUUCUGAAAUUCUCAAAACACAUUAAUGGUAGAAAGGAUUUAACUUUGUGUUUCGCUCCAGAGCAAGCAAGUUGACUUCAUGUUUAAAAAAAAUUCUUCAGUUUGAAGAAAUCACUUUAUUUCUUACACGUUUUUUGGUUAAGGCAAAUUUUUUUUAAACAAAGUCUUAAAAUGAUGCCUCACAGACAUUAAGCAAGGUCACUCCUUUUUAAAAUUCUCUCCCCCACCUUCCUUUGGCUCUAAGACUUGUCCAAAGUUUCACUACUACAGCAGCUCUCUGUAGCACCAGAGCUCGGCAGAUGCAGAGCUUCUCCUCAUUCUCUUCUAAAAUAUCUCUUGUCAAAUCUGUCAUUCGCAGCUCUGAGAUGAUGUCUCUGAUUGUCCCGCCAAGUUAUUUACAGUCAGAGGUGGUUUGUGUGAAGCUUUGGUUGAUUUAGGGAACGUUGUGAAUGUGAGAACCUGAGAAGAGAUGCGUAAGAUAGCAGAUGAAGAAAAGGUUAAAUACGGAGUGAAUGUUGUCAGGAUGACCAGCCAGAUGCAUGUUGUGAAUCGAACCUUAUGAGAGAUUUAAUUUUUGUAGAGCUUAGCUUUAUCAGCUUAACUGUUCAACUAUUAUGUAAUGUCUGUUAAUGACAAUAUUGGCCUUAACUUGUUUACAUAAAAAAUAAAUGUGAUGAUGGGAGAGGUGAAGAGGGGCUGUGCAGUUUGGCACCAUUUCAGGCGAUUAAGUCCAAAGCACCAGUUUAUCAUACUUUUUUAGAGGAGAAACAUCUGAUGCUUGUCCAUUAUACAGAGCAACUAUUCUUUAAUAGUGUUUUCACCUUUAUCGCCAAGGACUUUUUGUUAUUUAGAUGAGUUUAAAGUAAUAUGUUUAUAUCAGUGGUGCAUGUCUCGUUUUGAAAUGACUUUUGAAUACUCCGGCCCAAUCUGUAGACCUUUAAUGUUACAUUAUAUCCAGGUAAAACUGCAUUAAACCAUCGGAGUAGUUUUGAUCAUUUGCGGUGAUUUCAGCUCAGACACAUCAAACUGUGUUGCACAUUUGCAUUCAGCAGUUGCUUUAUUGCCAUGACAAUCCAUUCAGUCUUUUCUGCUUAAGAAACUUUGAUUGUCACUGUAAUUGACUUUUUCAUAGAAAUAAACUGCUCAUUAUGGCACUU